AAACGCGAAGCAAAAUGAUCCGGCGGGGAAGCGGAACCUUAGCGUCGCGACCGUUGUUUCCGGAGGGCGUCGAAUGUUGGUGCUCCCCUCUCGCCGGAUUGUUGGAAAGAAGCAAAGGGAGCGAAAGCGGCGAUGGCUUCUGCCUGGGUCGCUCGUGGUCUGCGGAGAGGCUGGAGCCGGAGGUUUGUUUCAACAGCUCCUGCUUCUCAACUCUCAACGGCCAAGAUUGCUCAGAUGCGCAAUGAGCUAUUCACUAAAGAGAAAGAGAGACAAUUGUCUCUUUAUCCACGAAUUGAGAAAAUUGAAGUAAAAUAUGUUGGUGUAUCUCACCCAGGCACAUUGUUUAUAAUGAACAAAGGGCUUUCCACUCCAUACAGUUGUGCUAUGCAUUUAAGUGAAUUGCACUGUAAGAAAUCUGUACUUGCCCUAGUGGAUGGACAACUCUGGGAUAUGUACAAGCCUUUGACCCACUCAUGUGAGAUCCAGUUCCUUACUUUUAAAGAUGAAGAUCCAGAAGAAGUGAACCAAGCUUAUUGGCGCUCUUGUGCUAUGAUGUUGGGUUGUGUGUUAGAAGAGGCAUUUAAAGAUGAAUACUUAGUCACUCUUGUUAAAGCUCCAGAGGUACCAGUGCUAUCGGGAGCUUUCUGCUAUGAUGUCAUCUUGGAUAGCCGACUCGAUGACUGGAAGCCAACAGAGGAAAGCCUCCGUUCUUUUACAAAAGAUGUUUAUAAACUAAUUCAGAAAGACCUGCCAUUCGAACCACUGGAUGUUGACCCAAAAGUGGCACGUGAAAUAUUUAAGCAUAACAAGUACAAACUGGAAGAAAUUGAGCAAAAAGCUUCACAAAAUUCAGAAGGAAAAAUACAGUUGCAAAGAUUUGGUCACUUUGUAGACAUUACUGAAGGCCCUCAUAUUCCCAGAACUAGCUUUUGCCACCAGUAUGAGGUGACAGCAGGUUAUAAUCUUAAAAGCAGUCAGCCUGAAUUAAUACGAAGAUUCCAGGGUCUCUCUGUUCCAGUUGCCUUAAAGCUUCAUCAUUCUGUAUGGCACAGACUGUGGGAAAGAGCUAAGAAACCAAUCACAGUGAAAGAAGCAAGGCACAAAAGUGAAAAGCAAAAAGAGGAAAACACAAAAGAUGUAAAAGUCGGAAAUCACACCUCAAGUGCUGAAUCAGCUUAAGUCUUCUAACCUGCAUAUGGGAAAAAAGCUUCAAAAUGAGGAAUUUUUGAAAGCAUCAUGUCAUUCAAAUCAGUUGUCCAGAGAGAGAUUUGGACCAAAGAUUUUUCACAGACAGAGAAGUACUGGUUGGUCCUUGCUUUCAGCUUCAUCCAAACAGAAAAUAGAUGCAAACUUGAAGACUUUGAAAAGGGUGGUAUGCAUGGGGAAGCCAAUUGGAGCUGGAGUUACUCAAGUUUCAACAGAAUUAUUUCGAACAGGAUGCCUGCAGAAGAAUUUGGGAGGCAUGGGUGUCAUUUGUGAUCUUAGCACAUGAUAUUGUCUUCUCACAUGCACAAUAUGUGUCCAUAAAUCAUAGUUUUUAAUACAAUUCACACUUGGUAUGUA